ACGGGAAUCUUUAUUUUUUUUCUUUAUUUUGAAUGAAGAGAGUGUGAAAUUUAAGAGAGAUAGAGAGAUUAGGAAAGAAAACAAAAGAAAAAAAAAAAGAGAAAGAGAGGAUUUAAUAUAUGUUAUGUUACCGUUUGGCUCGAAAUGAGUUAUUACUAAUUAGUCUCAUUUUCAACGUAAUUUCAGUUGCCUUGUCACUCACACACAUACUUACCCACCGUUCAACUUCACCGGACCCCAAUUUUCCGGCAAUCACGCCGGAGAACAUGGUUAACAAUAAAACCUUCCAUCUUUGAAAGAAAACCCAACUCAUUUUUCAUCUUCAUUCUCUCUUUUUCACAAAUGUCUCUCUUUUUUCAUCUUCUUCUUCUUCUUCACUUUCUUCUCUUCACAACCCAUCACACAAAUGCCUUCAAUCCUUCCAUUCCCACCGACGCAUUGUCUCUUCUCACUUUCAAACACUUCGUCUCUUCUGACCCUUCAAAUCUUCUCUCCGGUUGGACCCAUUUUUCAUCUUCUACAUUCUGUAACUGGCACGGCGUCACUUGCGGCGGUGGAGAUGGCAGAGUGACGUCACUUAAUGUUACCGGUCUUCGCGGCGGUGAAUUGGCAGCUUCUAUUGGAGAUUUGUCUCAGCUUCGAGUUUUGUCUAUUCCGGGAAACAUGUUUUCCGGUGAGAUUCCGGUGAGUUUACUUAAUCUCCGGGAACUUGAGGUUCUUGAGGUUCAAGGAAACAACUUUUCAGGGAAAGUUCCUUUUUUUAAGAUGAGUUGUUUUGAAAAGCUUAAACUUGUUAAUCUUUCUGGUAAUGCUUUUUCUGAUUCUAUUCCCAAUGGGUUGGUUUUUACUAGGAAUGUGAAAAUUGUUGAUUUGUCUAGUAAUCAAUUUUCUGGUUCCAUUCCUUUGAAUGAUUCUAGUAGUUGUGAUUCUUUGAAGUAUUUGAAACUGUCUCAUAAUUUUUUGAGGGGUGAGAUUCCACCACAAAUUGGGAAAUGUAGAAACUUGAGGACCCUUUUGGUUGAUGGUAAUAUAUUGGAAGGUGAAAUCCCUUAUGAGAUUGGGAAUAUUGUUGAACUUAGAGUUUUAGAUGUUUCUAGAAACAGUCUCACUGGAAGGAUCCCUAAACAGCUAGCUAAUUGUUUGAAAUUGUCUGUGCUUGUGCUUACUGAUUUGUUUGAAGAUCGUGACGGUUAUGGUGAGGGGAGUUUGGUGGAUGAUAGGUUUAGAGGUGAAUAUAAUGCUUUUGUUGGGAAAAUUCCUCAUGAAUUGUUGUUGCUUUCGAGUUUGCGGCUUUUGUGGGCGCCUAGAGCGAAUCUCGGUGGACGAUUGCCUCUUGCUGGAUGGACAGAUUCAUGCUCUCUUAGAAUACUCAAUUUGGCUGAGAAUUAUGUUACUGGUGUUGUGCCCGAGAAUUUGGGGAUGUGUAAGAAUUUGACUUUCUUGGACUUGAGUUCUAACAAUUUAGUCGGAUACCUAUCUCUGCAUCAGCUUCGGGUUCCUUGUAUGACGUAUUUCAAUGUAAGCAGGAAUAAUAUAUCUGGUUUGCUUCCGGGAUUUAGGAAAGAAAGGUGUAAAUUGAGAAGUGUCGUUGCCCUAGAACUUAACUUUCUAGAAUUGGAGGGUCUGAAUGAUGCAUACUUUAACAUUCCUGUUUUGAGAUUUCAACAGAAUGCUUUCAUCAGAUCAGGUUUCGAAGAGACUAUUGUCAUUAGCCAUGAUUUCAGUUGGAACAGUUUCGCAGGGUCUUUACCGUUGUUUUUUCUUGGAGAUGAUCUUUUUAUUCCUACUCGUAAUGUAUCCUACAUGCUGUCUCUCAAUAAUAAUAAAUUCAACGGAACUAUUCCACACCGACUAGUUUUAAACUGUAAUGACCUGAAGACAUUGUCAGUUAACCUGAGUGCGAAUCAACUAUCUGGUGAAAUUUCUCAAGCAUUGUUUCUUGACUGCCUGCAGUUGACGGAUUUUGAAGCGGCAUAUAAUCAAAUUGAUGGAUCAAUUGUACCUAGUAUAGGUGAGCUGGCGUUGCUUCAGCGUCUUGAUUUGAGUGGUAACAAACUAUCAGGAGCACUGCCAAAUGAGUUGGGAAACCUGAAAAACAUGAAAUGGAUGCUUUUAGGAGGAAACAAUCUGACAGGGGAAAUUCCUUACCAAUUUGGUGGAUUGACGUCGCUUGUUGUUUUGAAUGUAUCUCACAAUGCUCUAAUUGGAACAAUUCCAACAACUUUGACAAAUGCAACAAGUCUUGAAAUUCUGUUACUAAACCACAACAACCUUUCUGGAGAAAUACCUUUAUCUGUUUCUGCUCUUUCGAAGCUUGUUCAACUAAAUGUUUCCUUCAACAAUCUUUCCGGUCAUAUUCCAUAUCUUCAACACCCGAGUGAUUGCAAUUCAUAUAUAGGGAAUAAAAACUUGCACUCUUGCCCUGAUCCAUACUCUGACCCACCUUUCCUAGUUCCUCUUGCAGUCAAUAAUUCACAUAGUCGUAGAGGGAGGAAAGUAAAGACCGUGGUUAUUGCGCUGGCCAUUUCUGCUUUUGUGGCUCUCUGCAUACUUUUGGGAAGACUGUUGGUUAUUUGUUUUAGAAGGAGUAAAAUUACUCGGGUCAGCAGCAUCAGAAGGCAAGAAGUGGUAACCUUUCAAAUUGUUCCAAUAGAAUUGAGUUAUGAUAAUAUUGUCACAGCUACCGGAAAUUUCAGCAUCCGGUAUCUAAUCGGCACAGGUGGCUUCGGGUCAACUUACAAGGCAGAGCUAUCCCCAGGUUUUUUUGUUGCCAUAAAGAGGCUGUCAAUAGGUAGGUUUCAAGGCAUUCAACAGUUCGAAACAGAAAUAAGGACGCUUGGGAGAAUUCGACACAAGAAUCUUGUGACUCUAAUUGGCUAUUAUGUAGGAAAAGCUGAAAUGUUGUUAAUUUACAAUUACCUCUCUGGUGGAAACCUUGAAGGUUUUAUACGGUCAGGGAAAAAUGUAAAGUGGCCGGUUAUUUACAAAAUUGCGAAAGACAUUGCCAAGGCCCUUGCUUACCUUCAUUAUGAUUGUGUUCCUCGAAUAAUUCACCGAGAUAUCAAGCCUAGCAACAUUUUACUCGACGGAAAUCUAAAUGCCUACCUGUCCGAUUUUGGCUUGGCACGGCUGCUUGAGGUAUCCGAGACUCAUGCCACUACCGAUGUGGCCGGCACGUUUGGUUAUGUUGCACCUGAAUAUGCCAUCACUUGUAGGGUUUGCGAUAAGGCCGAUGUUUAUAGCUACGGUGUGGUGCUAUUAGAAUUGAUAUCAGGAAAAAGGUCUCUUGAUCCAUCGUUUUCCAGUUAUGGAAAUGGAUUCAAUAUUGUACCAUGGGCGGAGCUGCUACUGACUGAAGGUCGUUGUUCUGAGCUAUUUUCGUCAACUUUGUGGGAAUCAGGACCUAAGGAAAAGUUGAUGGGGCUUCUAAAGAUUGCAUUAACAUGCACCGUAGAGACUCGUUCUAUCCGACCAUCAAUAAAGAUUGUACUUGACAAAUUGAAACAGUUGAAAAGUUAAAAACUUUCAGCAAAUCGUACAGAACAGCAAAGGAAUGCCGCUUUUGGUAGCUUGUAAAUUCUGACUUAGAUGACAUACAAAAAGGUUACAAUUCCAGCAACUACAAAACUCAUCAUUAGGAAUCUCAUUCACAUCAUAUAAUAGCAAACUUAUGAGCUGUUCAUACCAAAUGAAAAACAAUGUUCUUCCUUUCACAUUUGUGCUUUGCCAACAGUAUCUUUUGGCACCAUGUGAAGAAUGUAGGUGGAGUAAUUACUAGAUGCAUUUUGCUUGCAUCUUAUGAGGUCAUUUUUUGGUAUGUGCCAUUAUGAUUUUUUAGACAUUUUUGGAAGGUAUUUUUUAUGUGACCACAUGGGAAAUAUGAAUUUUUUUUUCCAAAAUUCAUUAAUUACUUGGUGAUGAAGUAAUUGUCAUUAUUCUUAAAAAAAUGUUUGGUUUGAGA